AUGAAGCUCAGCUCCAUAGCCGCCUCCCUGCUCGGUCGCAGCAUCGCUGGAGUCCAAGCGAAUUCCCCACGGUCCGGAGAUGCCCUCGACACAAGACUCACACCGUCGCUUCGCGAUGAACCCUCCAGCAUACUCAAGCCCAAAGCCGCAUCCCAAAACGUCGUAAGCCUCAACAUGUGGCGGGACGAAAUAGACCCCAUAGCGAGCCACCUCCGCUUCACCAAGAGGAACAUCCUCCAAACAACCAUUGACAACAUGAUCACCUUCUACUUCGUCAACAUCACCUCCGAGUACUGCGGCGCCGCCCGCCGCCCCUGCCUCCGCGCCGGCACCUACAACGCCUCCCGCUCCUCCACGCACGCCCCCGUCGAGGACCAACCCUUCGACAUCACCUACGCCGACGGCACCGAAGCCUCGGGCGACUUCGUCACCGACACCCUCGCCCUCGGCGACGCCGACGUCGCCGACUUCCAGUUCGGCGUCGCCCUGCGCUCCAGCUCCGCCCACGGCGUCCUCGGCAUCGGCUACCCCCAGAACCAGGCCAACGUCAUCGUCUACGACGAGGAGCCCUACGAGAACCUGCCCGCCCGCCUCACCUCCCAGGGCGCCCACGGCGGCACCGUCCUCUUUGGCGGCCUCGACCGCGCCCGCUACACCGGGCCCCUCGUCACCGUCCCCAUCCAGCCCGAAAACGACCGCUACCGCCGCCUGCUCGUCACCCUCGACCGCCUCGCUCUCGACGACGACGGCGAUGACGACCUCGUCGCCGACGACAUGGCCCUCGCCGUCCUCCUCGACUCCGGCUCCACCCUCUCCUACCUCCCCGAGGCCGUCUGCCAGCCCAUCUACGCCGCCCUCGGCGCCACCUACGUCGACGACCUCGGCCUCGCCUUCGUCCCCUGCACCGACCCGGACCGCCCGGACCGCAACCUCACCUUCUUCUUCGACGACCCCCUCUCCAUCGUCGUCCCCUCCCGCGAGCUCAUCCUCGACCUCGCCACCAGCUCCCUCGGCGACGUCCCCGAUUUCGGUGACGGCGUCGACGCCUGCCUCGUCGGCAUCGCCCCCGCCGUGCGCCGCACCAGCGUCCUCGGCGACACCUUUAUGCGCUCCGCCUACAUCGUCUUCGACCUCGCCAACAACGAAAUCUCCAUGGCCCAGUCCGCCGUCGCCGACGGCAACGUCGCCGACCUCGAGUCCGAUAUCGUGGAGAUUGGCGACGGCGCCGACGCGAUCCCCGGUGCCAUGCGGGUCGACAAUCCCGUCGCGGCCAAGCAGGGGCUCAAUGUCGCCGACCCCACCGAGGACGAUGCCGCUACGACUGAGGGCUUCUUGGGGAGUGCUGCGCCGGUGCGGAACCUUGGCGGUGCGUCGACGACGAUGGCCGCGGUGCUUGCGCUGGUUGCGGCGGCGGCGGCGGCUCUCUGA